AUGGUCGCGGCGGUGGCCAUGCCACCGCUAAACCUGAGUGGCAUGAAUGUCGCACCGGGGCUUGCUCCGGUGGACACUCUCGGCGGUGAGGUGACCUACAAGCUGGGAGGAAUGUUCUGGCCCGCACGUUGCUUUGCCCGACUCCACGGAGAUCUUCUGCUCAUUCAGAGGAAGGGCAAGCAACAGGCAGCAGUGGUUCUGCACGCCGCGACUGUGGAGUUCAGAGCGCCAACAACCGUACGAAUCGAGGCCCCUGGCAGUCCUUUGCUUGCCAUCCAGCUCGACACUCCUGAGGAAGCUGAGCGCUGGGCGUUGGCUCUGAAGCAGGCUGCGAAGCGUUCGAAGGGACUCAAGGACCUUCUUAGCUCUGAUGUGGUGCCGCUAAUGCUGAGUCCACGCAGUGAGCAAGAGGAGCAGGAGGCGGAGGAGCGUCUGCAGAGUCUACGCGUGCGCAUCUCCGAGAUCCAAGCCGAGAAAGACAGCACCGUCAAGGAAGUGAAGGAAGAGUUGGAAGCACAAUUGGUUGAGGCAGAGGCUGCUGUCAAAGAAGCGCUCAAAGAAGCUGACGCCGCAGUUUGUGGGCGCCGCGAGGCAGAGCGCCGAGCUGAUCUGGCAGAGCAGGCUGCAAAGGCUGCAGAGGCCGAGCACCAGCGACGCUGCAAGGAGCUGCAAAGAGUUCAGGAGGAGCAGCUACAGGAGCUGGGGCAGAAGCUGGAUCUGGAGAUUGCGUCACGCAAGGAUGUGGAAGCAAAGCUGGAGUUGCGAGACCAGGAGCUUGCAACAGCGAAAUCCGAAUUGGCUUCUUUGGCUGAUGCUCAUCAGGUACAAAUCAAAGUUGGCCAGGAACAUGCCAGCAAGGUGGAUGAGCAACAACAGAGCCUCGCGGCUCUAGAGACGGAGAAGCAGUCGUUGAUACAAGAGCACGAGCAAAUGGCCCAACUUAUGGCGGAGCUUCAGGAGCAGCUUUCUGAUUUACAGGUCGAGCUUUCCGACGAAGAGGCUUUGCGAAAACGCUUGGAGGAAGAGAAAGCCGCAAGCGAGCAAAGCUGCCAAAGCCUCGAGCAGAAAGUCGCUUCCCUGGAGGCAGAUUUGGCGCAAUCUGCGGCAGCUGCAGAGGCAGAUGCAAAAGAACGCACCAAGCUGGAAGCCGCCUGCAAAGAUGCAGAGGUUGGUACUUCUCACCUUCAGCAGGAGGUUUCGCUUCUCCAGCGUCGCAUUGCUGCUGCUGACACGCGAUUUGCCGCGGAAGUUGCCUGCCGAAAAGCUGCCGAGGAAAGAAGUGCUGGCGCCGAGCGGCGUUUCCGCCUGAUCUUUUCGUGGCCAUGUGCUGGCACGAUUCUGAAGAUGUAA